UCAAUAUCGGGCCCCCAAAGCGCAGCUGGCGGAGUGCAACCCGGGAAUAAAUCAGUGGACGACACUCACAGCAUAUUGCGGGACUCACCUCUAAACCUGGCAUGGGAUUCAUCUAUGAAAGAAAACUGUCAACAGCAAGCAAACGCUCCCAACUUCCGACCGGUUACGCCCGACAACCUGGUCAUUCCUGUGGACGAGAUUUUAUCCCCCGCGACACAGAAGCAAAUCAGGACCACCAUACGGGCCCUGUUCCCCAACGGGCCGCCGCCGCCGCCGCCCGUCCGGCCCAUGAGGAGGCCCAAGAAAGGUGACCUGCCCUACAUUGUCAACUGUAAUAAGAGGCGGCGAGUCCCUUCGCCUAAGGGUCUCAAUGUCUUCACAGGAGACAAAUAUGGCAUCACCAGCAGCACCAACUGUGACGAAGACGAACAGUGUUCCCCAGAGAAAAAAGCUCGCCGAGGCCCCUACAGCAGCGUCAGCAUCUCCAAAUCCACAUUUAACCGGCAAACCAACGAGAUCGCUGAACGACUAAAAUUAUACGAAAAAAUUGAUAGACUAGUCGGCAGGACUCCUAAGGAACAACCUAUCGGGUACAUGAAGCGCUCGUUCAGCCCCCUGCCCAGUACCUCCACUGACAAUGAGACGAUUAUGAAAAAUGAUAAACACUUUAGUGAAUGCUUGAACUGUGAUAAUUUUGAUAUUGACGAAGACGAGGAAUUACCUGAGGUUAUAUGGGACACAGAUAAUGUUAAAAAGGAGAAAGAUCGAAAAGAUUUAUCCUCACCGUUAGAUAAUAAAUAUAUAGACAAAGAAAAUAAUAAUUAUACUGAUAGUUACAUGAUAGAAAUGAAUGAAGAUAUGGAUAACAAUAAUAAUGAUGUGAUUGCCAUAGAUGACGACUUCUGUGAAAUCGAAUUUGAUAAAUUCAUGCCAAAGGAAAAAAUACUAGACUACUCGGACUGCGAACCCAAAAAAGAACCAGAAGAUAACGUGCCAACUUAUUUUCCAAUAUUCCAGCAAUCAAAACGUUCGAACGACCAUUGCGCAAAGACUUCCACUGACGUUAUUUGUGUCGAUGAUACCCGCACCACUAAUUUAUUGAAUCCCAUCUCCACGCAAGCAUCUGCUAAUUCAGUCACCUCCACUGUGCUUCGUGCGAGUAAUAAAAAUGCAACCGCUACUGAGACGAAACAUUCUGAUCUAGUCAUUGAGGUACCAGAACCCAUAAACAUGUCACGACACGCCCCCGCUAGACCCCCGGCGUGGAACGAGGAAGUCCAGUUCGUUUGUGAGGAGAGGAUAGAGAGACCAAAUAACUUGACUGUAGAAAACAGCCCCGAAGUACAAAUCGUCUCUCAUGCUCCCGCCACCCCACAGACCGGCUCAAAUGCUAUAUUCACAUCAGCAAUAACCGAGCUGCAGCAGUUCCUCACAUGCCUCAACGAGACUUAUAGCAGGCGGAAAACAAAAAAGAAAAACAAGAGGACAAAGCCGAAAGAAAACUCGGGCGUACCUUGUAAUACCAAAAAUGCUUUAGCUAUCAAUGAUGAGAACACGGCACCUAUUAUUCAAAACGCAUCAAAUGUGAAUAAUGAAAACGCGGCACCUUCAGUGAACCAAGCGCAGUCUGACACUGGUAGUUUGAAUGGCUCAGCCGACUCGACACCGGGGAAGCGUCUCGGUGAAUGCCCAAUUUGCCUGGAUAACUUACAGAGGGGAUCGAUAGCUUCCACUAACUGCGGUCACGUCUUCUGCCUGGAAUGCAUUAAGCAGUCGUUGAAGUCCAGUGGCAAGCGGUGUCCGACAUGCCGUAAACAACUAAAAGGCGUUGGUUACCACCAAGUGUUUCUGUAAUUUUAAUGUUGUCGCUUUGUCGUAAGCAUUCCAUGUGAUUCCAUAUUACCAGUUUACAUGUUGUACCUAAUUAAGAACAUAUCUGUACUGUACCUACGACUGACUCAAGCUACUUGUUUUAAAUUUAUGCUGCUACCUACAUAAUUCUUAGAUGAUUAGCUUAAGGUUGACUGGUAGAGAAUGCCUCAUGGCAUUAAGUUCGCCUUUUGUACAUUAAGUUAUUCUUUUGUGCAAUAAAGUUUUAAAUAAAUAAAUAAAUUAGGUUUUUUCCUGACUUUAAAUUCUCUAUUCAGUUAGAUCUCUCGUCAAGAUUUUUGUCUUGUAGCCUCGAGGCUGGGAUCAUUUAAAGUUCAUAAUUUAUAGUCAGGGAUGAGAAUAUUCCAUUUCUCAUCAUCACUAACAUUUUAAAAAUUAUUAUUAACCACCCGUUAAGAUAAUAACUAAUAACACUAUCCUAGUGAUGAUAUUGUUGUUUGAAUGGUAUGGUAAGCAAAAUGUUUUAAAAUUGCUCGAACAAUCGUUGUGAGUGGACCGAAUUAAACUCUAGUCUAGGCCAGUUUUUUUUUAUUGUAACAAAUUAUUUUUUAAUACUCCUAUAGUAUAGUAGUAAUUAUUUUAGUUACCAAAAUUAUUGUGUUCUUUUCUCAUCUCGUCAAAGCAAUAAAGACAAGAAAUUGCCAUUGCUGAAUACAAGUAUGGUGUCUCUCUACGAAUUAAGUUGUUCAAGGAUAGAGUGCAAUGGCCAUUGAUAGUCUUUAUCUCGUUACAAUAAGGUUUCGAAAUUGUCAUUCUACUGCGUUGAUAAUCGUACCGCAUGUAAUCCUAUAUGUGUAUGAUUAUGUAGUGCAGUUUUUUCCAAACUUUUUCACCACCCCCUUAGUACGAAUUUAAUCUUUCAGUUAUGUAUUGAUUUAGGGCUGGCAGAGACUGCGCGAGCCUCCAGGGCGUCCCGACCCACAGUUUGAAAAACACUGAUGUAGUGCAUAGGAAUAAUUUACGUAGCCUUGGGUCACAGUCUAAAGCAUGAAUAACAAUUAUUACAUAUGUUUUCCAUUGAUGUACGUAAGUUCAUAAUAGUUGAAUCUUUGUUUAGUUAUCUAAACGGGAGAAAAACGCUACUAAUCGCAACAUUUAACUGAAAGUUGAUGUUAGAUUGCCUCUUUCUGUAUCUUUUUAACGCCACUCGUCGUUGAGUACUGAGUAGUUAGAAAUAAUUAAUAAAGAAUAGUCUGAAGUGAGAUUGUUUCUACAAUGUAGAGGAAUGGUGAGUGAGAGGCUAGUGAGAGGUUGGUGUGUGGAUAGGAGGAUUCAAAUGGUUAAGAUAAUUAAUCUAUGGUACUAUAAACUUGCUCAACAUUGCUUACUGUGCCUAAAGGGUAAUUAUUUAAAUUGUAUAGUUCUUUCUACAUUUUAACUUAACUACCUAGUUUCACAUACUAUUGUGAUAUUAAAAUGAGCUUUGUAAGAGGUAAUUCUGGACUUAUUAAAAUUAGAGUUGACCACAAUUUCUAUAAGAAUUUAACUGCCUUAAAAACAGUGAUUUUCUAGCAAAUGGCUAUGGCUAUGUAUAUCUAUUAAUAAUGAUCGCCUUUUUUCCAUUAUUGUAGUCUUGGAAAAAAUGCAAGUUCGUAUUUGACAGAUAAUUUAGCAAUGGCUAUGUAUAGUCUUUAGUUAAGAGAGUAUGCUGGCCCAAUGUUACAGGGUUCAAUGUCUCACUUUUAUCGAACUGAAGUUUAAACUUUGUCAUAGUGACAUUAAGUCGAAAUUCAACAACUUGAAAAUCGUCACUACUUUGAAAAAAACUCGUAUCUUCUUCUGUCAAUCAAAAGAAAAAUGUGGUAACUAAUGUAUGGGAUGCGUACAGAGUUCCUGCGUUUUAACUCUGGGUAGCAGUGCGAGAUACGAUAAUUUUUCAAAGUAGUGACGAAAUGUAACAUAGACCUUUGUAAUAUUGAGCCAGCGAUUUGGCAUGGUAGGCAACAUUGAGGAAGUUUACGGAACUCAGGUCUCUUAUAAAAUGUGUCAUUAAAUAUUGUCGUAAUCGAUAUGUGAUUUAAUCUAUGUUAUAUUUUAUAUGUUGUAUUUUUCAUGUAAAUAUGUUCACUAAUACAUGUUUCACAUGUUUGUCAGGCUGUAUAUGGCUAUCCUAUAUAAAUAGGAAAUAUUUGUACGUGUAGUGUAUAACAUUACAGUAUUAUUAGCAAAUAUUCAAUUUCCAAUAACUAGAAGCACAAAGAGUUACUGUCCUUGCUCUUGUCCACUAUUAUAGUCUUUCUAAGCUAACUCUGCACGUAUGUAUUUGACAGAAUGUUUAAAUCGCUAGUAAGAUCUGAGACUAACUAGGAUUUUGGCGUGGUCAUCUAACCUUACUAGGUUUUUGAACUGAAGGCGUGCAUUAUGACUAUUAAAAGGGCAAUGUUUGAGAUGGUAGGCAAUGUUGAGGAAAACGUUACCCAUGUGUUUCUAGUUAUAUAAGAAAUUAUUUUAUACGUUUUAGAAUAACUUCCAUUAUGCCAUACAAUAAUCUGUAUUAAAAAUAUAUGCAGAAGGCACUUAUUCAUUUAUAAUUAUUUUCAUUUUGUAUGUAAUGUCGGCUGUACACACUCGUCGAGAGCAUCUCGCAGUGUCUCAGCGCUGCUCCGAUCCAAUCGGAGAAAUGUACACACUCGUUCUCGGCCUGUCUCGGGUUCUCUCGAAGAGUGUAGUACAGCCCGCAUUAGAAAUUACGAAUUUAGACAUUUUCAAUAUCAUUAGACAACUGUCUGAUUGAAGGCAGUGAUUCUCACGGAAGACUUGAGGAGAAUAUUUUCAAAAGGACUUAUUUUUUCAUGAACACCAUACAAAAAUAAGUUCUUUUAAAAAGACACUCCCCAAUUGUCCCCAUUAAAAAGAAUUGCUAACCAGCUUAUCGUCGCCGGUCGGACAGAUGUCUUUUGUAUUAUUUUAGGUUUUAAUACUUUUAAUUUAAUGUGGAUAAUUCCACUAUUAUUUUUUGAUUUAAACUAAUUUUAUAACUAACACGGACUUCACGUCACGUUCGGAACGAUAGGCCUUAAGUUAUACGCGAUUCAGUCCCGUGUUAGUUAUAAAAGUAUUAUUUUUUAAUUGAUAAAAGAUUAAGCACAAAGACUCGCGAAUAUGAUUGUAUAAUAAAUAAUUUAUUAAUAAUUGAUCCCAAGUGGAUGAUUCUAAUUAGCACUAGUAAUUUAACUUUUUCGCCGCCACGGCAAUGAAGUAGGUACUUAAAAGUGUCAUUAUUGUCAUUAAAGCUAUGUCAAAAAUUGCACGUGAACAAACCUGACCAAAACCACGACUUGAUAUGAAGUAUUGUAUUUUCUCGGAAACGUUCGUAUUUGUCAUACUGCAGUCAACCUCAGUACUUUUUGUACCGAGACUGACUGAAAUAGCAAGACACAUGCGUACGUUUCCGUGAAAAUACGAUGGA